AUGUCCAUGAGCGUUAAACUUCUUCUGCAGCACCACACCAGAAAGACCACAAAACAGAGAAUCGUGGCUCUUCUUCAGAACGCCAACCUAACACGCCUCCUUCAACUUCAUGCUCUUUACAUCAAAACAUGUUUCUUCUGCCAUGACAACUUCCUCAAGUCAAAGUUCUUAAACGCUGUCAUUUCUCUUUCUUCGCCCCAUCAUGACGCUGAUUUGUAUUAUGCUCGUUCCAUGUUCGAUUCCUUUUCCCUUCCUGACACAUUCAUCUGGAACACCAUGAUGCGUGCUUACUUGAAUGCUCAAAAGCCUGCAGAAUCUCUUGCCCUUUACUUCCAAAUGCGCUUCCACGACGACCUUCCACUCGAUAGUUUCAGCCUCUCGCUGGUUCUUCAAGCAUGCGGGAGAGCAAUGCAGCUAAGGUGUUUGAUUUUAUGGAAGAACCAGAUUUGGUUUGCUCACAAGGUUCUAUUGUCAGAGUACGUUAAAAUUGGAGAUAUUCAAAGGCCCGUGAACUGUUUGACAGAAUGCCCCAAGAGAUUUGGUUUCAUGGAACACCAUUAUUCAUGGGAAUGGGCAAAACGAUUCAUGAAGUACAUUGAGACAAACCGAAUUGGAAUAGACAUGAAAGCUGGGGACAUCUCUUUUAGACAUAAACUUCACCAAGAUGUAGCUGAAGGAAUUAAACCAAAUGAUGUUACCUUCAUGGUGCCGAGCAGGGCGGCUUCAGAGGCUUGGAACUCCUUAGGACUAUCCCUUACACCAGACGCCAUAGUUUGGAGGGCCUUUCUUGGAGCUUGUAGAAUCCACAAGAACAUUGAACUAGCAGAGGAGCUAUUAGACUUUGAUCUGCUGGAUAUGAGGCUCCAACAUCAAGGUACGCAAUAUCUUGAGGAACAUGAGAAACAAAAUCAAUUAGCUACUCAUAGUGAGAAGUUAGCAAUUGCUUUUGAAAAGGGGAAGGUAAGAAACAGAAUAUCAGUGUCUGCUAACAAUCCUCCCCCAGAAGCCUCCUCAGGACAACGAUACGUCAUUGAUGGAGGAUGA